AUGUUCCCAGCACUGGAAACUGACCUAAAGCAGGAGACUCAUCCUGAUCCCUAUGAUGACUUCAUGCACCAUCACCUCCAAUAUUAUGGCUAUUUUAAAGCUCAGAAAGGCAGUUUACCAAACUCUACAACCCAUCAGCGUGUUUGGAAGAAUAGCCCUCGGUACCUGUUAAAUGGCUCUUCAGGAGAAAGAGAUGACUUGCUACUGGAAUGCCUGCAGAAGGAGAAGUUUCUAUAUUCAUUUAGGCUGACUUCACCACUUCUUCGAAGCAGACAACUUCUUUGUGAUGAGUUGGAUGAAGUAAACCCACACCUUCGAGAACCCCGAGAGCUUUUUUCUAAUUUGUCUAGUAGAGGUCCACUGCAGGCUCCAAGAUGGCCAGUAGAAUGUGAAGUCAUCAAAGAGAACAUUCAUCAUAUUGAAUGGGUUCCACCUCAACCAGAAUAUUUCUAUCAACCUACAGGAAAUGAAAGGGUACCUGAAGUUGUAGGAGAAGAGAAAGGCACGGUUGUCUAUCAGUUAGAUUCAGUGCCCACCGAAGACACCUAUUUUACCAGCUCCAGAGUGGGAGGCAAGCAGGGAAGCAUCAAGGAGCCUGCUGUCACCUUGCAGGGGCCACACGAUAGCACCCUGCUGUUUGAGUCCAGAUUUGAGAGUGGGAACCUGCAGAAAGCCGUCAGAGUAGGCACCUAUGAGUAUGAACUCACCUUGAGAACCGACCUCUACACGAGCAAACACACCCAAUGGUUUUAUUUUCGAGUUCAGAACACCAGGAAAGAUGUCACCUACCGCUUCACCAUCGUCAACUUGCUGAAACCCAAGAGCCUGUAUGCCCUGGGGAUGAAGCCCCUCCUGUACUCCCAGUCAGACGCCACCACCUACAGCAUCGGCUGGAAGAGAGAAGGAAGUGAGAUCAAGUACUACAAGAGCAACGUGGAUGAUGGGCAGCAGCCCUUCUAUUGCCUCACCUGGACCAUCCAGUUUCCACACGACCAGGACACUUGCUUCCUUGCACACUUUUACCCGUAUACUUACACUGAUUUGCAGUGCCAUCUCCUGGCAAUAGCAAACAACCCUGUCCAGUCUCAGUUCUGCAAGUUCCGGGCCUUAUGCCGGAGCCUGGCUGGGAACACUGUCUACUUACUCACCAUCACCAAUCCAUCCAAGACCCCUCAAGAGGCAGCCGCAAAGAAAGCUGUGGUCCUGAGCGCCAGAGUCCACCCUGGGGAAAGCAACAGCUCCUGGAUUAUGAAAGGCUUCCUGGACUUCAUCCUCAGCGAUUCUCCAGAUGCACAGGUCCUCAGGGAUAUCUUUGUCUUCAAGGUGGUUCCCAUGUUAAAUCCUGACGGAGUGAUCGUGGGGAAUUACCGCUGCUCACUGGCUGGCAGGGACUUGAACCGGCAUUAUAAGACCAUUCUGAAGGACUCCUUCCCUUGCAUUUGGUACACCAAGAACAUGAUCAAAAGACUUAUGGAAGAAAGAGAGGUUCUCUUGUAUUGUGAUUUCCAUGGGCACAGCCGCAAGAAUAACAUCUUCCUGUACGGCUGCAACAACAAGGACCGCAGGCAUUGGCUUCAUGAGCGCGUGUUCCCAUUGAUGCUAAGCAAAAACAUACCAGAUAAGUUCUCUUUUCACAGUUGUAACUUUAAGGUCCAAAAGUGCAAAGAAGGCACAGGACGUGUCGUGAUGUGGCGGAUGGGAAUCCAAAACAGCUACACCAUGGAGUCCACCUUCGGAGGCUCCACCCUGGGUAGCAAAAGAGACACUCACUUUACCACUGAGGAUCUGAAGUCCCUGGGCUAUCACAUCUGUGACACACUUCUGGAUUUCUGCGAUCCUGACCAAACGAAGUUCCUUCAGUGUCUAAAAGAGCUUAAGGAGCUCUUACACCAGGAAAUCUACAAGAAGUUCAAUGAACUUGGACAAGUCAUGAAUUUAGAAGGAAGUUGGAGUGAUAUUCCAUUAUCUGAUAUUGAAUCCAGCACCAGUGGUUCUGACAGCUCUCUCUCAGAUGGCCUCCCUGUUCACCUACUGAACUUAGUGGAUGAGUUGAAUCAGAAGAAGAAGAUGCUAAAGAAGAAAAAAAAGAAGCCACUUCAGACCCGGAAACAGCGAAAUGAGCAGUACCAGAAAAAUCAUUUGAUGCGGGAGUUGACGUUACUAGAGGAUUCCCCAGGAACAACGGCAGGGUUUGCUUCUACUCUGCCAAAGCAGUCUACCUUUUUAAAACAUAUGGAGAAUCCCACGGCUUCAACAACGAGAAAUGACAGACCAAGGUUCACUGAGACACAGUUAAGCGGAAGAAAUAAAGGCACCUCUCUGGACUCACCAGUGGCCUCCCUGAUUCCACCAAAGAAUAAAGAGACCAUGCAGAACAAGAAGCCAGGCUUUCCACCAUCAUGCUCUCCAAAGAAAAGCACAAACUCCAGCUUGCCACCAGCUCCGCAACCAGACUGGCUGAAGAGCAAAUAUUCGGCCACAAGGAGAGGCCGCCCCUCCAUGACUACGUACCCGUCCCUGCACAUAUACACGUACCCAUAGGCAGGCCUGGGCUGUGCUCCAUGGGCACCUCCUCCGAGGGCUUGGCUUGUGCACACUGCGGAAGCGGGAAAUGUAUGUGUGCAAAGUGCUCAGAUUUGAGGUACCCUGGCACGGCCCUGGUACUUGUGCUGGUGCACAUCUUCAGGCGCAUACCACGUGAGUUCAGAUAGGCCUCCUCUUAGCCAAUAGUUAUUCUCUCUAAAGUUAGGUGCAAAUCAAUUAUGAAAGACUUUUCAACCUCUUUCAGAAGCAUAUUAUAUUUUUUUUAAAAAACACAAAAUGUCAAUACCUCCAAACGGUAAAUGAAAAUGUAAUGUCAUAUGUAUUAUGUUCAACAAGGUUAUGUGAAUUUUUUUUAACUCAAUGAUUAAAAUUCUCUCUA